AUGAAAAUAUCUUCAAAUUAAUUUAUUUCUUUUUAUCGUUGUUUAUUUGUUUGUUUGUUUGUUUCUGAAAAACAACUUUUUUUAUUUGAAACAAAAAAUAUUAAUAUCACAUUCGCUUUAUUUAAAAUUAAACUUUCACAAUAAAGAUUUAUUGAUUCAAAUAUCUAAAAAUUUAGAGAGAUGUUAAUUACGUUUCUAUUUAUACUUUCCCUCACAGCUGUCGUGGUUUAUGCGUCAGUUAUGAUAUGGAAAACUGAUUAUUCACAAAAGGAAAAAAAAAUAUUGAUUGGCAUCCUCUUUGGACUUCUUGUUUUGGUAAUAAUCGUAAAUGAAGCUAAAAAUUAAAACUAUAUAUCAUUUUCUCUAUUGGGAUUGCAUGAAGCAGAUUGCUCUUAAAAAUUUUUUUCAAUCUUAGAAACAUAAUAAAAUAUCCUCACACAUAAAUAUCCUUUGCUGCAUAUGAAUUUUAAGCAUGUUCCCGACUAGAUUAAGGAAAAUUUCGGAAACAUAGAUUAAAUGCCAGAAUAAAUUGCUAGUUCGUUCUUCUAUUUAAGCAUAUCAGAUGAAAAUUCAGGAGCUUCUCACACUAUGAAACAUUACGCCGAGUAACUAUAAAAAAAUAACAUACCUGUUUUAUAUUUCAGAUUAACAAAACAAAUUAAAAAUGCUUAAGAUUUAGAAAAUUUACUUCAAAUUAAAGGGAUAGAAAUAAUAUAAAAGACUAUAGCAAAGUUUAAUAAAUAUAGAAACGUGAUACCUUUUAUUUUAAUAGAUAACUACUAACUAGCAUUUAACGAUGGAAAGGAUAAAGAAAAUUAUAGUAUUUUGACUAAUUUAUUAGUUGAGUUAUAUUUCCAAUACUAAGUUAAAAUUAUAUUGCACACUCAUAAUAAGAAUGCAAUUACUUAAAUAAUGCAAGUUCCAAGAAUCUAUCAAGUCUUAGAUAUAAUCAAAUAUAAAUCUAUCAGCCCAUAGCUUGCUUUUGAAUAUAUAAAAGAAUAUUAUUCUGAGUCUGUGAAAGGAGUAAAACAAGAAUAGUUGUAGUAAAUAGAUGACUUUGUAGGAUUGAAUUAUGAAAUACUAUAUAAAUUUACUGAAAGUUUUGAAAAGUAUCAAGGAGAAGAACAAAAAUUCAUUGAAUCUCUUCUAUAGGAAUACUAAGAAAUAUUAAAUAAAGAAUAAAACCUAAAAGAUAUUUUGUAUAUAACAAAAGAAGUUAAAGAAUUAAAAUAAAAAGUUAAAUCCUCCAACAAAAUUAUUCACUUUAGUGAAUUAAAGAGCAAAAAUAUUUAAAAUCUGCUUUAAUUAAUAGAUAAAUAUGAAUAAGAAGGAUACUUAUGGAUUGAACAAGGAUAUGUUAAUUUUUAUAAACCAGUCCUCAACUCUUUAUUCAUAUGA